AUGAAUAAUAAAUUAGAUGAAAAGUUAACUCAAGAGCUUGAAAAAGAAAGCGAAAAAUCAAAUCUCAGCGAUAAAAAUGAAAUAAACAUCCUUUCAUCAAAAAAGCAUAUCAAAACUGAUAUUUCUGCUUGGAAUGAUGAAUUUCAGCAUACAAAAAUUCCCAAAACUUUGUUUGGAAAAAGAAAAUCUCACAAAACGAGUUUUUCAGUUGAAUCAAAUACGUUUGAUAUGAUGGACUUAGGCCCCAAAAAAUCUCCUGAAAAGCCUAAGAAUAAUGGAUUUUUAAGAGGCUUAAAAUUUGACCCAGGAUUUGAAGCAAUUAGGGAUUUUCUUCAAGAUAAAGAAUUUGAUAAAACAAAAGAUACAAUUGAUACUAAUGGUAAAACACAUACAUCUACAUUUGAUUAUCCUUCUAAUUGUUAUUUUAACACUACAGAUUCUAAUGACCAUUUUCACGACAAAAUUCUUUGUGAUAAGCAAAUGGUAAUUUUAACUUAGAUUUGCAAAAUCCUCAAAAGAGCUAAAUCAGGUCUCAAAGGAAUCAGCAGAAUUUUGCCAUCAUGCAAAAUCACAACUGAAGAGACACUAAACUGGUUCAAAAUUCGAAGAAAUAAUUCUUCAAAAUCAAGGCCGAUUCACAGUCGUGAAUCUUCUAUAACUCAAUCUCCAUCCCGGAAUACUAAAAAGCCUUAUUAUAUUACUACAAAAUCAAUUCCAAAAGCACACCAUAUACGGUCCAAAUCCACAGAAAGAUCUUUAGAUACUUUAAUUAUGUCAGGUAUGUCAAUAAAAAAUUACUUGUAA